AUGGCCGUUCAGGGCCUUGAGAUGAAGUUUGAAGGCUACUACACGCUGUUAAACGAGUGUGUAAACCGAAGGGCCUUCAGGGAAGGCCAAAGAGUCCAUGCCCACAUGACCAAAACCUGUUACCUUCCGCCUAUGCACCUCAGGACCCGGUUGAUCGUCUUCUAUAAUAACUGUGAAUGUUUGAAUGAUGCACAGCGUGUGCUCGAUGAAAUGCCUGUACGAAAUGUGGUGUCAUGGACGGCAAUGAUUUCGGCUUAUUCUAAGAGGGGGUAUGCCUCCGAAGCUUUGAAUCUUUUUCUACAGAUGUUAAGAUCAGGUACGGAGCCUAAUGAGUUCACUUUUGCAACCGUACUUACUUCAUGUAGUGGUGCGUGGGGGUUUGACUUAGGAAGGCAAAUCCACUCUCUCAUAAUAAAAACAAAGUUUGAAUCACAUAUAUUUGUUGGAAGCUCACUUCUCGACAUGUAUGCCAAAGCUGGUAGAAUCUAUGAAGCCCGAGGAGUUUUCGACUGCUUGCCAGAAAGGGAUGUUGUUUCGUGUACUGCUAUAAUCUCUGGCUAUGCCCAGCUGGGUCUUGAUGAAGAGGCUUUGGAGCUGUUCCGUCUGUUGCAGAGGGAAGGAAUGACUUCGAACUAUGUCACUUAUGCCAGUGUGUUAACAGCAUUAUCAGGGCUUGCUGCGUUGGACCUCGGCAGGCAAGUUCACAACCACGUCCUUCGUCGUGAACUGCCCUCAUAUGUGGUUCUUCAGAACUCGCUGAUUGAUAUGUACUCUAAAUGUGGAAACCUAAGCUACUCAAGGAGGAUCUUUGAUAGCAUGCCAGAGAGAACUGUUAUAUCAUGGAAUGCAAUGCUUGUAGGGUAUAGUAAGCAUGGAAUGGGAAAAGAGGUGGUUAAGCUUUUCAAACUAAUGAAAGAAGAAAAUAAAGUCAGACCAGACAGUGUCACUUUUUUGGCUGUUUUAUCUGGUUGCAGUCACGGAGGAAUGGAAGAUAGAGGGCUAGAAUAUUUUUAUGCGAUGGCAGAAGGGGAAAAUGGUAUUGAGCCAGAGCUUGAGCACUAUGGGUGUGUUGUUGAUCUUCUUGGGCGUGCUGGUCGAGUUGAAGAGGCAUUUGAGUUUAUCAAAAAGAUGCGUUUUGAACCAACUGCUGCUAUAUGGGGUUCACUUUUAGGUGCUUGUAGGGUUCACUCAAAUGUUGAGAUUGGUGAAUUUGUGGGUUUUCGGCUUUUACAUAUUGAACCUGAAAAUGCUGGGAAUUACGUAAUUCUUUCUAAUUUAUAUGCUUCUGCGGGGAGAUGGGAAGAUGUAAGAAAUGUAAGGGAAUUGAUGGUAGAGAAGGCCGUGAUAAAGGAGCCAGGAAGAAGUUGGAUUGAGCUUGACCAAAUCCUUCAUACUUUUCAUGCAAGUGAUCGCUCCCAUCCAAGAAGGGAAGAGGUGUCUGCAAAGGUGAAAGAAUUGUCAGUCAAAUUAAAGGAAGCUGGUUAUGUUCCUGAUUUGGGUUGCGUUUUAUAUGAUGUGGAUGAGGAGCAGAAGGAAAAAGUACUCCUAGGCCACAGUGAAAAGAUGGCUUUGGCUUUUGGGCUGAUUGCUACACCUGAAGGAGUGCCUGUACGUGUGAUAAAAAACCUUCGAAUUUGCGUCGAUUGCCAUAAUUUUGCAAAAUUUGUCUCAAAGAUUUAUGGAAGAGAAGUGUCUUUGAGAGAUAAAAACCGGUUUCAUCACAUUGUCGGGGGAACCUGUUCUUGUGGAGAUUACUGGUGA